ACCUCUGCUCCAGCCAUGGAGGACGACUUCUCCCGCGCCGUCGAGGACGGCCUCAAGCUAUCCAAGCGCCUGGUCCUCCCGGGCGGCGCCGCCGCGCCGCGCCCGCCGGCCGGGAUGGACCGCUACGGCGCGCCGGAGCCCGCCUCGCUGCUGCCCGUCGCGCCCAUGGCCUACGCCGUCGUCGCCGACCCCGCCGCCGUCGACAGCCCCGACGUGCCUAGCUACCAGCCGCACGUCUACGGCCGCCUCAACCCGCCCGCGCUCAUGCCGCUCCAGAUGCGCGACGUCGACCUGCGGGUCGACUGCGCCGCCGGAUGCGACACCGCAGAGGUCACGCUGCGGGCGCGCUGGUGGGUGCACUGCAUCACGCGAAGCAGGGACUGCGACUGCCGAAUCGUCGUGCCCAUGGGAGAGGAGGGUUCAAUUCUAGGCGCUGAGGUUACUGUUGGGAAAAGAUCGUUCAAUACCCAUGUAGUUGAUGUAGAUGAUAACAGUGCUGUGAGGAUCGCAAAAACUGAGGGCGGUGGUCUUCUAAAGCGCCAGUUUUUUUCAUUGACAAUACCAAAGGUUGUAGGAGGAGAAGACAUUUUUGCCACAAUUAGAUGGUCGCAGAAGUUGACGUAUGACAGUGGACAGUUUUCAGUUGACAUUCCGUUUCGGUUUCCGCAAUAUGUGAACCCUUUGCCUAAAUUGUUCACAAAAAAGGAGAAAAUUCAGUUGAAUGUGAAUAGCGGUGUGAGUAAAGAGGUUAUAUUGCAGGGGACCAGCCAUCCCUUGAAGGAGAAAAUUAGGCAGGGUGAGAAAUUGUGUUUCUUGCAUGAAGCAGUGGUUGAGAAUUGGUCAAUCAAAGACUUUACCUUUGCAUAUAAUGUUUACUCAGGUGAUGUGUCUGGUGGAAUACUUGUGCAGCGCUCAACAUUACGUGACUAUGAUGACAGAGAUAUGUUCUGCAUUUUUCUUUUACCUGGAAAUAAGCAGAAUAUGAAGAUCUUCAAAAAGGCAGUUGUGUUUAUUGUUGAUACAAGUGGAAGCAUGCAAGGAAAGCCUAUUGAGAAUGUUAAGAAUGCCAUCUCAACUGCUCUCUCCGAGCUUGCGGAAGGAGAUUACUUCAACAUAGUAACAUUUAAUGAUGAGCUUCAUUCAUUCUCAUCGUGUUUGGAGAAAGUAAAUGAGAAAGCAAUAGAAAAUGCAAUCAACUGGAUGAACUUAAAUUUCGUUGCCCAGGGUGGCACUGACAUCAUGCAUCCUUUGAGCGAGGCAUUGGCGUUGCUAUCAAACUCUCAUGACACUCUUCCACAAAUCUUUCUUGUGACUGAUGGUUCAGUUGAGGAUGAACGGAACAUCUGCCACACGUUGAAGACCGAGCUUACAAAUAGAGGGUCUAUGUCCCCUCGAAUUUCUACUUUUGGACUAGGUUCAUACUGUAACCAUUAUUUCUUGCGGAUGUUGGCAUCAGUUGGCAAGGGGCAUUAUGAUGCUGCAUUUGAUACAGGAUCAAUUGAGGGUCGAAUGCUUCAAUGGUUCCAGAAAGCUUCAACCACAAUCGUGACAAAUAUUUCAAUUGAUACCACAAAGGAUAUUCAAGAAUUUGAAGUGGAUUGUGAAUAUAUUCCUGACUUGUCAGCAAAAUAUCCAUUAUUUGUAUCUGGAAGAUUCAAAGGUGAACUCCCGGAGACUCUUUACGCUAAGGGCUAUUUGUCUGACAUGAAUGAAAUAUCGAUUGAAUUGAAGGUCCAACAUAUAAAGGAUAUACCUCUUGACAAAGUGUUGGCAAAGCAACAGAUGGAUCUUCUAACAGCAAAAGCAUGGCUUUCUGAAAACAAGCAAUUGGAGCAGAAGGUGGCCAAAUUAAGCAUACAAAAUGGCAUUCCUUCGGAAUACACAAGGACAGUCCUACUUCAAACCGUCAUGGAGAAAAUAGACCCAGCUGAACAGGUAAAGCAGAAACCAAAGAAACAAAGCAUCCCGGAUCAGCCUUCAGCCACACCGCUCCAUGGCUUGACACUCGGUUUCGGCAAUGUGGCGGCGACAACGGAGAACCUGACCUCAGGAUUCGGGGACACAAAGGCACCAGAGAAAUUCGAGAUGUUUGGGAAGGCUGUCGGCGGCUGCUGCAGCCGCGCUUGCGACUGCUGCUGCUGCAUGUGCUUCAUCAACACGUGCAGCAAGAUGAACGACCAAUGCGCCAUCGUCCUGGUGCAGAUCUGCGCUGCCCUCUCGUUCCUCGGGUGUUUCGAGUGCUGCUCGCAGCUGUGCUGCGGCGGCGGUGGCGGGUCAGAUUGACGGCCGGAGACCGGUGUGACUGUGUGCUGCCCGGUAGUGUGCAUAGUAUUACUGUACAGGAUGUACAUCACAUAUUUAUAUAGCUUGAUCGGAAAGCCUCCCUUGUCGAUAUCGGGCAGAAAUAAACCAUCAGAUUUCAGAAUCAUCAGAUGGACUUGCGAUGUAAUACCAGCUAGUGAAUUGAAGAGGAAUGACUAAUAUUCUAACAAGAGUGGAGUGUGUAAGUGUAGAGAACUCGGAAACCCAUUUGUGCAUGCAAUUGGAGUGAAUUGCACAUAAUGGGGUGUCUAUUUAUAACACGGAAAGUGGAAAAAUUUAUGCCACAUGCAUGUAAGAACAAAACUGUAUGUUAUACUCGUAUGCAUGUACUAGUUUUUCAGCUUUGUCA